AUGGCAGACAGCGAAAGCCCGUUGAUCCAGGCACUGCCACCCGUCUCGGACUACAUCACUUAUUUGACGAUUGUCGAAUACAAUCUCAAGCCGGAAAACCUGCCAAUCCUUCACAAGAUCCUGCAAGACGAAACUCUCACCAUCAACAUCGGCUGGGAUCUCGUCCAUUUGCUUGUCCCUUAUCUUCCGGAAUCCGAGCAUUGCCUGCAAGACAUUGCGCGCCUUGGAAACCCGCGGGAAGUGAUACUCAAAGUGACUGAAGUCCUUCGCCUUAUCGAAUACCAGGAGGAUGAAGCCGAUGAGCAAGACGCGCACGACGACGAUGCUCAGGCGGGCGCCAGCGUUGGCCGAUCUCAAGCUGACACUUCAACUUACCCGCUCAAAACUGCAACUGUCACGGGAUCCGUAGGAACGGCACAAGCAGUAGAGCUUCCGCCGCCAUUGCCUCUCGAAGUCAGCCAAUUUGUGGCGCUGCUUUCCAUGCUCGAGAUCUUACAUCCACGAAUUAAGACCAAGUAUCCAAGCAGAUUUCUUAGCACGAGUCUUCAGGCCAUCUUGGCGAGCUUCUCCAACUCACAGUCUCAUCGAGAAGAGAUGGUGCAGGCCAUCGUCCGUGCUGUGCGUGCUGUAUCUGGCGUGCAGAGGCCCGCACUUCCAUCACGGAAGAGCAGCGCUAUGCUUGGUAGUGUACCCAAGACAACCGACUCCCCUGCUGCCGAUCCGGAAGGUACAGCGGGAUUAGAAGUCAGUGCUGAGGAGAAAGCAUUGGAGAAGAAGCUUCUCCAAGCCUUUAUUGCGCACGUCCUCGAAGAAUACAUGCUCAACCUCUCUUCGCACGACGAAGUGCCAGGUAUGGCGUGGUGUAGUCGAAUCAUGGAGAAGGUGCAUCCCGAACGCAAUAUCCCGGCGUCCAAGACGUUCGCAAGCCGGUUCGCAGAGGAAGAGAGUUUGCACAGGAGGAUCGACGCCAUUGGACAGCUGGUAAUGCUCUCGCAAGACCUAAAACUAGCAGACAAUGACCUAUUGACUGCUAGCAUGGUUGACGAGAACAUGCCGGAGACUGCAGGAUAUGAAGAUGAGCCACCUGCAUCAGCAGAGGACAUCCCAUUAUCAAGACUCGGUUCUCUACUGCUCUACUCGGCUCGACAAGCCUCCACGAUUCUUUACGACCGACAAUCCUAUGCAGGAGCCCCAUUUGAGCUAUUCCCACACCACCAGGAACUUCUCAAGCAUGGCCUGUCCUCUCCUGGCAUGGGUACCGGACAGCUAGGCACCGAACCCGAAGCUCUCAUCGACUCCGUCCUCGCCUUGGGCUUGGUCAGUCUAGAGCGAAACCAAAUUGGCGAACCAAGGAGCGACGAACAGUUCAACGAGUACCUCCAAGUCAUCGCCCUCCUGUCUUCCAACUGCCCGAAUUCCAAUCUCCGAGGCCACGCGCACUACCUCACCACUACCGUACUCCGAUCUCAACCGGACGAUGCUGCUAGACUUUCAUUCAUUAGAGACACGCUGGAGCACUGUCCUUUUGAGAAUCUGAAAGUUGCUGCUGUGGGAUGGAUCAAAGGCGAGACAAUCGAAGCGAAUCCAAUGGUAUCCAUGCACAGCCACUCGCACGAGACUGAGUCAAGCGAAUCAGUCUUCGCAAAACCUCUCGCACUGGAUAGUCUCGCGCCUUUCCUCUUCCCUUCUCUGCAAGCCGAGCUCAACGUUGCACCGAUUCAAGAUGCCUGGAUGACCUUCCAGACCAACAUCUCCUUCUAUCUGAGCAGCUUGAACUUUCUCUUCUUGCUCCUUCAUGCAGAACACAUUCGCGAGAGCUUGGCGAUUGCGGAUUUGUGGAACGACGCGGAUAUCGCGGCAAGUUUCUUGCAGCCUUUGAGAGAUGCGAGGAAGAGAUUCGGAGACGCCCUCGUGGAGGGGGGAGACCUCGCUACAGAGAAGACUGAGAGCAUCAUCGCGGAGCUGGCUUUGCUGGAGGAGACUGUGAGUAGAGUCACGGCUGCUGCGGCUGGUAUGAACAAGUAG